AUGAAUUGCGACUCGUCGACUGCCGGCUCCCAUCAAACCUAUACUGCGGAAUUGGAGGAGUCGGCCUUUUUGAGACGCAGCCGUUCGUUGCACUGGGCGCGUCUCGGACUGUCCUCGUUGAUAUUCAUCGCGGCCAUUGCGAUCAUCCCCUGUGAGGCGGUGCCCUUGCGCCACUAUAAGAGCACGUCUGAGUGGGCAUCUGUCGGUUUGGCGCUGUGGCCGCUCAACUUCGAUCUUCGUCCCACUGUUGCAGCCUUGUCCUGCGGCUGCGUGAUUACAUUCUUGAGUUUGAUGUAUAUCGUAGCGGCUCUUCUCCCAUCUCCUCAUUCCCGCAUCAAGCCACUCAACACCUACGCCUCCCUCUCAGCCUUCGCAGGCUUCAUCACCGCCCUAGUCGGCGUCCUCUUCAUCAUCCAUCGACCUUCCUCAUCCUACCCAGCAGGUUUCACCCACAACGAAACCCUGCAUAGCUGGACCUGUAAAUGGAAGAUUGCCCCGGACGGCGCACAGGCCCCUAUCUAUUUUUCCCGCGACUGUGCCAGUACCCGCGCCGGCUUUGUCUUGCUGUGUGUGCUGCUCGCCCUCGAGGUUCUCCUGGGGCUGGUCGCUGCGGUCGGCGCGUGGCUUCAGCGGAAUGUCGCUCGUCAUCGUGAGGAUCUUGUUCAGUUGGAGAAGUUGGAUAUUGCUACGAAACAGGUGUUCCGGAAUUGA